UGUUUUGUAUACACGAGCUUGCAGAUAAACCUCACUCACUUUCUUUCUCUCUCUCUACUGAGCAUUGCGGCUAGGGUUUCGCCAAACCCUAAUUUCCUCUCGAUUAUCCAGACAAUCCUGUGCUGGUUUUCUUUCAGAUCUGUUUAUUCGAUUUAAGUUAACCAUGAAUAAAACGGUAAGUUAAUCUUUUUGUUGUGUAAUUUGGAGUUGGGGAUUUGUUUGCGUUGCUGCGGGGGGAGAAAUGGCGACGCUCAACCCAUUUGAUUUGCUGGGGGACGACGAUGCGGAGGAUCCGUCGCUUUUGAUUGCGGCACAGCAACAGAAGGUGGUUGAAUCGAAGAAAACGCAGGCUGCGUCGGGUAAGCCUGCCGCAGCCGGAAAACAGGCGGCGACUCAGCCGAAGGCGGCUGCGCAGCCUAAGCUCCCUUCCAAGCCCCUCCCCCCAUCUCAGGCUGUUCGAGAGGCCAAAUCUGAAUUUUCUAGAGGCGGCCGAGGUGGACGGGGUUAUGGCCGUGGUGGACGGGGUACUGGUGGUGGAUCCUUCAGAGACUCGGCCAAUAAUGAGAAUUCCUAUGGGAGCAGGGAAAUAACCUCUGGUCAAGGUGCACCUGAUGAAGUUGAUGGGAGAAGGCCUUAUGAAAGGCGUGGUGGCUAUGGAGGACCUCGUGGUUCUUUCCGUGGUGGUGGUGGUGGUGGUGGUGGAGGUCGCCGAGGUGGUUUUAACAAUGAAGAAGAUGGAGAAGGAGAUCAAGACCGCCCUCGCAGACCAUUUGAUCGCCGCAGUGGAACUGGACGUGGGAAUGAAUUCAAACGGGAAGGAGCUGGCAAAGGAAACUGGGGAACUCAGGACGAUGCAAUUGUAGAAGCAUCAGAGGAAGUUCCUAUUGAAGGUGAGAAACCUAUUAAUGUGGAAAAGCCCGCUGGAGAUGAGGAGACUCCGGCAGAUGGAGACAAGGAAGCUCCCACAAAUGAAGCUGAAGAGAAGGAACCUGAGGAUAAGGAGAUGACACUGGAAGAGUAUGAGAAGCUUCAGGAGGAGAAACGAAAGCCUCUGCUGGCUCUGAAAUCUGAGGAAAGAAAGGUCGAUCCAUCAGAGUUUGCAGCUAUGCAGCCACUUUCCAACAAGAAAUCCAACGAUGAUAUAUUCAUCAAAUUGGGUUCCGAGAAGGACAAAAAGAAAGAGCUAUCCGAGAAAGAAGAGAGAGCCAAAAAGUCUCUGAGCAUCAACGAGUUCUUGAAGCCGGCUGAGGGUGAGAGGUACUAUUCUGGAGGGCGUGGUCGUGGACGUGGCCGUGGUUCUAGAGGAGGCUACAGUGGAGGCAGCGAUACGUACAACAGUGCAAGAGCACCUGCAAUUGAGGAUCCCGGGCAGUUCCCGACCCUCGGUGGGAAAUGAGAAGAUGACAGGGCAAGGAGGUAAGUGGAAUAAUGGAGUCUUUUCUGUGUCGAAGAAGUUUUUAAGUUUAUGGUUUUAAAAUGUACAUCUGUGGUUCCCUUUGCCAUUGCCAUUCCCAUUCCCAUUCCCAUGUAGCAUCAUCAUCUUCAGCUUUCCUUCCCCUGAAAAAUUGUGUUUUUAUGUUCUUUGCUUUGGUCUGAACCAUAAUUAUUUCAUGACUCGGAUAUGUGAAAAAACUCAGUUUUGUUUUUAUUGAAUGUGGACAAAAAAAAACACGUUUUCCUGUU